AUGGUUACCCAACUUACCCAACUUCUGACAGGAAACUCGAGAUCUCAUGGCAAUUGCACGACGCUAAAAAAGCAAUCAAUAAAUCGAAAAUCCUCGUUCUCAAAUGGGGAUUUGGGAUACGACCAAUCACGGCCAUUUACGUUCUAUGAUCUUCGACGAGAGAUAAUAUUUGCGCCAGAAAAUACAACUCCCCACACAUUUUUCGCAAGUGAGGGACUGACUAAUAAUUCCCAAGUUUUACGUGAGUUGAAUAAGAAGAAUUUCGAGGACACGAACAAGCGAAACCAGGAACUGAAUGUCGCUCUAUCAAACUUAGAUCUUGAGAACCAAGAGCUGAAGACCAAAAAUGAGCAAAUCACCAAGCUUCUUGCCGAGCAAAGAGAAAACUUUGAGCUCGAAAUUUUGACUCUCAAGCAAGAGCUGGAGACAUCCCGUACUAAAGUUGGAGAGUUAUCGGCACAUGCAAGGGCUCAUGAUGAUUAUGUUGCUGAGCUUAAGGAAGAAAACGCCGAUCUCGAUUUCAAAUUGAUAGAUAAAAGAGCCGACGAUGCGGAAAUUUAUUUAUCAAUGGAGCUUCUCUCCCAAAGGACUCAUUUGGUCGAUGGUAUUCGGAAGAUGGAUCUCUCGGAGCACGAAUCUGUAGAACUGAUUCGAAAAUUCUCAAGGUUUCCUUUCACGAUUUACACGAGUGAUGAGGAUAGUAGUGGCUUAGAAAACUUGUCACCGGAAGAACUCGCUAUACAAAAAUAUGUCUGUGGGACAGUCAAAGAUUUGACUCGAUAUUUCAUCAACUACGCUCGCACUAAGGCAGUACCAAUUGGUUCCAAAGCUGCUCCCGACUCUCAAGAAACUGCAUUUCAGAACUCCGUAUCUUCCUCGGGAGAAUCUCGCUAUACAGUAUGCUCCGCUACUGGUGGCGAUGAAGAUAACAGCAGAAACAUCAAGCCCUCUUUGGAGAAUGGCUGGGCAUGUUACCAUACCGUAAACAGAGCCGGCAAAAGCGAGCCUUGUGGAUUUCCAAACGAGUAUGGAACUAAGCAAUGUGGGCUCUGCAAAAAUGAUUUCACUCCUCACGCUAGCGAAUUGGGAGAAUGA